CUGCUCCGCACGCCCCGGGCUGGCGGCCCAGCCGCGGAGGCCCGUGCUGCUCCUCGCGGCUCCCGCCCGCCAUGGCGCGGGUGCUGAUCGUGGGCGCCGGGCUGACGGGAAGCCUGUGCGCCGCGCUGCUGAGGAGGGAGACGGCCGGCCCCUUGUACCUCACGGUGUGGGACAAGGCUGCGGACGCAGGGGGAAGAAUGACCACAGCCCGCAGUCCUCACAAUUCACAGUGCACAGCUGACUUGGGUGCUCAGUACAUCACUUGCACUCCCCAGUAUGCCAAAAAACACCAGAGUUUUUAUGAUGAACUGUUCGCUCACGGCGUUUUGAAACCUCUCACCUCUCCUAUUGAGGGAAUGGUGAUGAGAGAAGGAGACUGUAACUUCGUAGCACCUCAAGGAGUUUCUUCAAUUACUGAGCAUUACUUGAAACAGUCAGGUGCAGAAGUCUGCUUCAGACAGUGUGUGACCCAGAUCAACCUGAGCAGUGACAAGUGGGAAGUCUCCAGAGAAGUGGGCUCCCCAGAGCAGUUUGAUCUUGUUGUCCUCACAAUGCCAGUUCCUCAGAUUUUGCAGCUUCAAGGGGACAUCGCCAACUUAAUUAGUGCAUGCCAAAGGCAGCAACUGGAGGCUGUGAGCUACUCUUCGCGCUAUGCUCUGGGCCUCUUUUAUGAAGCUGGCAUGAAGAUUGAUGUCCCUUGGGCUGGGCAGUACAUCACCAGUAAUCCCUGCGUACGCUUCGUCUCCAUUGAUAAUAAGAAGCGCAAUAUAGAGUCAUCAGAAAUCGGGCCUUCCCUGGUGAUUCAUACCACUGUCCCGUUUGGCGUUACACACUUGGAACACAGCAUUGAGGAUGUGCAGGAAUUAAUUCUCCAGCAGCUGGACAACAUUUUGCCAGGUUUGCCUCAACCUAUUGCUACCAAAUGCCAGAAAUGGAGAUAUUCACAGGUUACAAAUGCUGCUGCCAACUGUCCUGGCCAAAUGACACUUCAUCUCAAACCUUUCCUUGUGUGUGGAGGGGAUGGAUUUACUCAGUCCAACUUUGAUGGCUGCGUCGCUUCUGCUCUCUGUGUUCUGGAAGCUGUAAAGAAUUAUAUUUAGUACCUGUAACCUUAUUCUCUAUGUGUGCUUUAGGGUUUUGGUUUCAUCAUUUUCUGUUAUUGAUUAUUUUGUAUUCUCUUUUGUUGGGAGAAAUUACUGGAAAAUUAUUCUUCACUUAUUGUCAAUUUUCAUAUGGAGUGUAAAAUCAAUUUUAUAAUUUCAGUAGUUACAGCCCAUGCUAGCAUGGAAAUUCCUCAUACCUUACACCUUUCUCCACUUUCCUGAAUUGCCAUGGCUACCUCUUGUUGGAAGAGAAGUUGUGUUUAAAAAUAACAAAUGAACCUCUUAAAAAAUUAUGUUAAAUCACAGUAACAGUUCAUGUACCAAAAUCAGUAUUAUCUUUAUGAAAAUUUCAACUCCGAAUAAAGGACAAUCACAUUAUCAAGGCCUCAUC